AUGAGCGACAUCAUAAGCCUCGAGGAGGACAUCAAACAAUACCGAGAACAGCUCGGUGUGGUCAACGCUGGUCUGAAAGAUGACCCCGGCAACGCAGAGCUUCUUGCCUUGAAGUCUGAGUUAGAUGAUGCGCUCAACCUUUUGAACGAAACGCUUGCUGAACUUAAGCCUGCGAAAGCAGCCGCCUCGCCGCCAAAGCCCACCGCUGCGUCGCCACAGCCCGCCCAAGAAAAAUGGUCGCGCGAGAAUCACCCUGCCUUUAAGAAGACGACGCCCCUCGAGGAGAAGGAUGUUGACGUCGGUCCGGUCAACUAUCAGGUCAAUGAUACGGUCAUGGCGAAAUGGGUGUCUGGAGACAAGGGAUUCUAUCCUGCGCGAAUCACAUCCAUCACCGGCUCGUCUACGUCGCCUAUCUAUAUCGUGAAGUUCAAGAGCUACGACAACACAGAGCAGCUGCGAUCUAAGGAUAUCCGACCCAUCUCACAAAAGCGCAAAGCAGACGGAACGCCCGUGAACAAUACUCCACUUUUCACUGCGCCAACCCAGCCGCCGCCGUCUUCGAACCCCGCGCCUGGAGUCAUUUCCGCUGCAGCCAGCAUCAACCCGGAGCUCGCACAAAAGAACAGAGAAGCUGCGGAAAAGGCACCGGAAGACGCGAAGCCCAAGUUCAAGAAAAUCAAGGCGACCAAGGAACUCGAGAAAGGGAAGAGCAAGUGGCAGGAGUUCAACAGCAAGUCCAAGUUUGCCAAGGGUUCAAAGGUCAAGAAGGAGAGCAUGUUCCGGACUCCGGAAGGUGUACACGGGAGAGUUGGAUUCACCGGCUCAGGCCAGGCCAUGCGAAAAGAUGCCACCAGAAGCCGCCACAUUUACCAGCCCAACGAAGACGUGGAUUGA